AUGGUUUUAUGGAUCAAACGCUUCGGCUUGAAUGUCUUCGAAGUGAUAAAAGGACAAGCAUCCCCGUCCAUAUCCUCGACAGAUCCUACUCGCCCUGUCGGAGAUAAGCUAUGGAUUAUAGAUGAGCUGUCAGUCCAGCGGGAGAGGGUCAUUGUCCGAGUUAACGCCCGUGAACAGCCUCAUAUGAACGAUAUCAUAUAUCCCUACCAAUUCAAACGGUGGGUCCCCCACGGCAUCGGCAGUCAGACACGAGGAAGGCCUGCUAGGUACUGCUUCGUGGGUAUGUCACCCAGUGCCACUAUCGACUUCAGCAAUAUUGGUUUCAUCCUGGUCUUUGCGUAUGAGUCGAUGGAUGUCGUCUCCGCCGAAACCAGCACGAGCAUGGGCGCCAUUGGGUUAUACAUCAGCAUGAUCACCCCUGUUGCAGGCGUCCACUACGAUCUAAGGCUGCAGAUCAAUGAGACGAGCUCGAUCAGUUGGGCGAUUAUGUAUGGGCUGCCGGGAAACGCUAAUAGCAGGAGGUUGAGCAGGAAUGCGACAGAGACGAGGGUGCAUAACGUCUGGAACCACCUCAUUGAGACUGCUUCCGCGUCUACGGGGAGCCUACUCGUUUGGGAUACUGGAGAAUACGAGAUGCUGCCAUAUCAUGAGAACAUCGAGCAGGUGACCGAUGACGAGCUGUCAGGCGACUCUGAUGGGGAUUGCAAACCUUCCUCGAACCUUUCGGACAGUGAAAAGCUUCACGCAGCUUUUCAAAACGUGAGGUGCCUCCUUUGUACAUCCACAGCUCCGACGGUGCUAAAGCCAGCUCAGCGCAAGAUUCGGGUUCGCCUCCUUGGGACCCGUCUACCACCAAGCUACACCUUGUCCAUCCGUCUCCUGAGUUCGGAAAAUCGCCAUGAACAGCCUGCCAAACCAUCCAGGAAACGCCGUAGGAAAGUCUCCACGAAUAGGCCUUUAGCACAAGCAACUCCGCCUACCUCUGAUCUCGAUGACGAUGAGGUAGUGCCUGACGCUCACCCUGAAUCAAUGGACGUAUCUUUGUUAGCUUCUGAGCGCGAGAUUGCGGAGCAGGAGGAUGAGGGAAGUCCGCCUCACCAACACAUAUCCUGGCGCUACCAACAGCAUCGGCUCAAUUCAUCAACGAAGAUGGUACCUUUCAAUGGAUCGGUACGCUUCUGGCUUUUGUCCGGUGCGGAUAGGAAAUCGUAG